GAAAAGAUAGAAGCCAGUGGGACUCUGCCUAACCCUAGGAAGAGUUUGAAGCUCUCAACGGAUUCGAUUUCAAAGGAGAGAGAGAGAGAGAGAGGGAAUUUGGAAGUGGCAUCGAUGUCAGAUAGAGACAACGAUUUCGACUCCCCUGAGGAAUUCACGGCUGAGCAGGGUUUACAACAAGACGAAGAGAUUCGAAGGAUUCAAAGAGAAAACAAGGCCAGGGUUGUUUGGGAAGGAAAAGAGCGUAGGAGGAAAUGGGCCCAAAAAAUAACACCUCGACCACCCAAAGCCAGUGAAAAAUCUCAAGAUGUAUCGGGCACUGAACCUCAGCAAGAAUCAAAUACAGCUGCAGGAUUUCUUCCUGACAACAUUGUCCAAAUGCUUGCAGCUCGUGAGAAAGUAGUUUUCAUAUCUGACACUAAUGAGGAAAAAAAUGAAGUAAAGGCCACCACUUCAAGGAAGAGAAAAUCAAAGAAGACAGGUUUGGAACCUGUUAUUUUGAGCGAAAUAGGUCCUCCUCAAUGCAUACACAGCGCCAUAGAAUUCUUGAAACAAAGAAAAAUGUCUGUUCAAAGAUCAUCUGCAGUUUUGAACAAUUCCAAUCAGGCUUUGCGUCUCCUUUCUAGUUCAGGGGUGCUACACAGGAAAUGAGGAUUUUUAUUUCUUUAUUAUUCGUUUUUUUUUCAGCUAAGAAAGUGAGGUUAGUGUUGUAAUACAUAUUUUUAACCUGCUAUCGUGGGUGCUCAUCGUUGGUGCUGGUGUUGGGAUACUGGACUGAAUUGUAACCUAAAUAUAUCCUAGAUGACAGUUGCAAUUAUUUAUGCACUUGUGUUUUCGCCGCAUUUAACAC